GGGGGGGAGGGAGGGGACUUGGCGCCUCCUGCUCCGCUCGGCUCCGCGCACCCACGCCUCACUGCUCCGCUUCCUGCCCCCCACCUGGGCAUGCGCCCCCUGUACCCCCAGCCCUCCAGAGCCCGCGCAGCCCCCCGGAGCCUCCUUAAAGCCGGCCGCGCAGGAUGGGCGCCCCGGGUCCCAAGCCGACGCUGCUGCUACUGCUAAUGCUGGGAGUCGUGUGUUGUGCCCGGGAGGUGCUGGUCCCCAUGGGGCCCCUGUACCGAGUGGCUGGCACAGCUGUCUCCAUCUCCUGCAAUGUGAGUGGCUACGAGGGCCCUGCCCAGCAGGACUUUGAGUGGUUCCUGUACAGGCCUGAGGCCCCAGAGGCCGCACUGGGCAUCAUCAGCACGAGGGAUACACGGUUCUCCUAUGCUGUGUUUGGGCCCCGUGUGGCGGCUGGUGAAGUGCAGGUGCAGCGUCUACAGGGUGAUGCCGUGGUACUCAAGAUUGCCCGCCUGCAGGCCCAGGAUGCUGGCAUUUACGAGUGUUACACUCCCUCCACAGAUGCCCAAUACCUGGGCAGCUACAGUGGCAAAGUGGAACUGAGAGUUCUUCCAGAUAUGCUGCAGGUGUCUGCUGCUCCCCCAGGGCCACGAGGCCGUCAAGCCCCGACCUCACCACCACGCCUGUCGGUGCACGAGGGGCAGGAGCUGGCCCUGGGCUGCCUGGCACGGACAAACACAGAGAAGCACACACACUUGGCUGUGUCCUUUGGACGAGCUGUACCUGAGGCUCCAGUGGGUCGAGCCACUCUGCAGGAAGUGGUGGGACUCCGGUCUAACUUGGCUGUGGAGGCUGGACCCCCCUAUGCUGAGCGGCUAGCUGCAGGGGAAUUGCGGCUUGGCAAGGAAGGGGCUGAUCGGUACCGCAUGGUGGUCGGGGGCGCCCAGGCCGGAGAUGCAGGCACCUAUCACUGUACUGCUGCUGAGUGGAUUCAGGAUCCUGAUGGCAGUUGGGCACAGAUUGCAGAGAAAAGGGCUGUCCUGGCCCAUGUGGAUGUGCAGACACUAUCUAGCCAGUUGGCAGUGACAGUGGGGCCUGGUGAACGUCGGAUUGGCCCAGGGGAACCUUUGGAACUGCUGUGCAAUGUGUCAGGGGCACUGCCCCCACCAGGCCCUCAUGCUGCAUACUCUGUGGGCUGGGAGAUGGCCCCUGCAGGGGCACCUGGGCCUGGCCGCCUGGUAGCCCAGCUGGACACAGAAGGCGUGGGCAGCUUGGGCCCUGGCUAUGAGGGCCGGCACAUUGCCAUGGAGAAGGUGGCAUCUAGAACCUACCGUCUACGGCUAGAGGCUGCCAGGCCUGGGGAUGCGGGUACCUAUCGCUGUCUUGCCAAAGCCUACGUUCGAGGGUCUGGGACGCGGCUUCGAGAAGCAGCCAGUGCCCGCUCCCGGCCUCUUCCUGUGCAUGUACGGGAGGAAGGAGUGGCACUGGAGGCUGUGGCAUGGCUAGCAGGGGGCACGGUGUACCGUGGGGAGACUGCAUCCCUGUUGUGCAACAUCUCUGUGCGUGGCGGCCCCCCAGGGCUGCGGCUGGCUGCCAGCUGGUGGGUGGAGCGACUAGAGGAGGGGGAGCUGAGCUCUGGCCCCGCCCAGCUGGUAGGCGGUGUGGACCAGGAUGGUGUGGCAGAGCUGGGGGUCCGGCCAGGUGGAGGCCCUGUCAGCGUGGAGCUGGUGGGUCCCCGAAGCCAUCGACUGAGACUGCACAGCUUGGGGCCUGAGGACGAAGGUGUGUACCACUGCGCCCCCAGCGCCUGGGUGCAGCAUGCUGACUACAGCUGGUACCAGGCAGGCAGUGCCCGCUCGGGGCCCGUCACAGUCUACCCCUACAUGCAUGCUCUGGACACCCUAUUUGUGCCCCUUUUGGUGGGUACAGGAGUGGCCCUAGUCACUGGCGCCACCAUUCUUGCCACCAUCACCUGCUGCUUCAUGAAGAGGCUCCGAAAACGGUGAUUCCUUGCUCCACAGUUCUUGCAGGUGUCAACUGUCUUCCAGCCAGCUCCAAGUCCUCCUCUGGUUGCCCGGAUACCCUUUCCCUCUGGCCACCCUUCCUUUAAUUUAUUUGACCUACCCCCAUGCAAAGUGGGAGACAUGGCCCCAUGCCCCACACUUUCCUGCCCCGGCUCCUCCCUCUGGCCUCUGUUCUUGGUCUUAUAAAAAGGCUAUUCCAUGUCCUUGAACUAGUUUUUCUAAAAUGUGAAUAAAUUUGUUUUAUAAAAUCCAG